AUGAAGAUAUCACCAAUCUACAACGAUAUUAACAUUGACGUCAAAAGAGCGGUUAGGCAAGGCGAUAUCACUUCGCCAAAAUUAUUUACCGCCACCCUCCAGAACGUCAUGCGACCAUUGGAAUGGGAUAAUAUGGGUGUGGAAAUCGGUGGUCGGCAGUUACGUCAUCUGCGUUUUGCUGAUGACAUCGUUCUUAUAACACCAAACGUUAGCCAAACGGAACGUCGAGAAAUCAACAUGAUAAACGACUUAGCUCCAGAGUUCGGCCGAAGGGAACGAACGGCCUGGGGAGCUUUCAAGAGCAUCGAGGAUGUAGUGAAGAGAACAAAGAACACCCGACCCCGUGGCCACCUUUUCGACUCAAAGGUACUUCCAGCGCUAACGUAUGCGUCAGGAACUUGGUCGCUGCGUGAGCAUGCUGAAGGGUCGCUCAGCGUUAUCGAAUGCGCCGUCGAAAGGACGAUGCUAGGAGUACCCUGUUUGACACAAGUGAAGGAUGGGAUCUGA